AUGGCUCCCGACCUCAACUCACUUCCCUCUUCGCCUCUGGCGCAGCCCGCCAAUGGCAAGUCCGCCAACGGCAACGGUGCACCAAGCGCGAAGCAGCCCAACAUUCUCUUCAUCAUGGCCGACCAAUUGGCCGCACCGCAACUCAAGAUGUACAAUCCUGAGUCACAGAUCAAGACACCCAACCUGGAUGCUCUUGCAGCCGAGUCUGUUCAAUUCGACUCAGCCUACUGUCCUUCGCCGCUGUGUGCCCCAUCACGCAUGAGCUUGAUCACUGGUCUCCUGCCCAUGAAGAUUGGUGCUUAUGACAACGCCAGCCAGAUCUCCAGUGAGAUUCCUACCUACGCACACUACCUUCGUCUGAAGGGCUAUCAAACUGCGCUGGCCGGCAAGAUGCAUUUCAUUGGGGACCAGCUUCACGGCUACGAGACACGUCUCACGAGCGACAUCUACCCCGGCGACUUUGGCUGGGUGGUCAACUGGGAUGAGCCAGAUACCCGCCUCGAGUGGUACCACAACUCCAGCUCCAUUCUCCAGGCUGGCACUUGCGUGCGAAGCAACCAGUUGGAUUACGAUGAGGAGGUCAUGUUCCGCUCCACCCAGUUCCUCUACGAUCACGUUCGUGAGGGUCCUGAGAAGCGGCCUUUCGCCCUCACGGUGUCUCUGACUCACCCUCACGACCCCUACACGAUUGAGGACAAGUACUGGGAUCUCUACGAAGACGUCGAUAUCGCUCUUCCCAAGGUUCGAAUUCCCAAGGAAGAACAGGACCCUCACAGCAAGCGUCUCAUGAAGGUCUGCGAUCUUUGGGACUACGACUUCACCGAUGACCAGAUUAAGCGGGCCCGCCGGGCAUACUACGGCGCUGUCAGCUACGUCGAUGAUUGCGUUGGAAGACUCCUGUCCGUUCUGAAGAAAUGUGGUCUUGACGACAACACCAUCAUUGUCUUCAGCGGCGAUCACGGCGACAUGCUUGGCGAGCGUGGACUGUGGUACAAGAUGAGCUACUUUGAGUCUUCAGUCAGAGUCCCACUGUUUGUCCGCCACCCCAAGGAGUUCGAGCCCCAUCGUGUGGACAAGAACGUUUCUACCCUCGACAUUCUUCCGACACUGUGCGAUUUGGUUGGCACAAAGCCUGCUCCUGGUCUUCCCAUGGACGGCGUUUCCUUGCUCCCUCACCUUCAGGGCAAGACUGGUCACGACAAGGUCUAUGCUGAGUACACUGGCGAGGGCACGAUCAGUCCGCUCAUGAUGAUUCGGGAAGGCCCUUGGAAGUACAUCCACUGCCCUGCGGACGGUACCCAGUUAUUCAACCUCGAGCAUGAUCCGCUUGAAUUGGUCAAUCUGGCGUCUCAGAAGGCCAUCACUGGCAAGCUGCUUGACGAAGAAGCCAAGGCAAAGCUCGAGGAGUACAAUGCCGAGACGAAGGCCAAGUGGGACUUUGAUGCCAUCACGGAGCAAGUCCUGCAGUCUCAGCGCAAGCGUCGCCUCGUAUGGGGGGCUCUUACCCAGGGCCAGUUUACCAGCUGGGACUACGACCCGAUCGACGACGGUAGAAUGAAGUACAUUCGGUCACAGAUUCCUCUCGAUGACCUCGAGCGUCGGGCUCGAUACCCACCUGUGGACAAGUAUGGCCGGGAGGUCGACAGGGCCACAACCGGUCACAGAGUCCUUUAUGAUCAAGCUGGAUCCCACGGCCAGUGA